AUUAAAAUAUAAAAAUUCUCUUCAACAUUACACAUGAUUUUCCGAUUUCUUUUAUCUUGUAUACCGAGUAUUAUUUGAGACACAUUUCCUGUUUAUCAUACCGGGAGAAACGAAAACCAUGAUAAAUAUAUGAUAAACUUAAACUCGCGAAACGUGCGAUAAUGAGUGCGUAAUAAAAUUAUCGAGUUAUAUAUAGCGUUACUAGAGGAAAUUUGUAUCUCGCGCAUGCGUAUUCCAUUGUAAGCUGUGGUUCGUGGUACUGAUAAAGAAAUUUGCGCUUGGAUCAGUUUAAACGCGUAUUACACUAUUGUGUGGACAUCUAUAUAUAGUUUUUCCUUGUCUUCUGUCUGAUUAACAAUAAAAUGUACGCACAGUGAUAACGUUGCAAAUGAUGGAAUAUUACUUGUGUGGUGUUUAGGAAUAAAGACAAAGAGCUGUCUGUAUUCAUAUUCUACUUAAAGUGACAAACUAAAUAGAUUUCUUUUAGUGAGACGUUUAAUGUAAAAAAAAAACAUGGUUGGUAUAGCAGCAACAAGUGGAUACAAAAAACCGGAGCAGCACACUAUAUCGGUUGAAAAUUCUUUAAAUAAUACUGAGGUAGAAACGGAUGAAGAGCACACAAGAAUACAUGAUAAAACUGAUGAGCCAGUAGUAAAAACAAAUCAUGAAAAAAGAAACAUAAAGCUAGGCCAUCCUGUAAUAAUACUGUGUUUUUUUUUAUAUCUCGCUUUGAUUUACAAUAUCGUUUGUAUGUUGCUGUAUAAAAAUUUUGGUGUCCCGUCAUGUGAAGGAAAUCCUUCUGUUGUUUAUUAUUUUGGAUUCAAUCAUAACAAACCUUGUCAUCAUACAAUUAUAGAAGACAAAAAGAUAGAAACAGAUUCUUUGAUUAACAUAAAUAAUAAUGAUACUAUUGAAAACAUAAGAUAUGAAGACUUAGAAACGUCUAGUUUUGAUACGUACAUUGACCAGCAAGAGUACGAUUAUGAGAUAGAACAUUUAAAGGAAGAAGAUACUUCAUCUGAAGCAGAAACAACUCUCAAAGAUGCUCACUGCACCAAUGUUCCUGAAAUAUUGCGCUUUGAUUGCCAUCCAGAAAAUGGAGCGUCUCAACUCUCCUGCACGCAAAGAAAUUGCUGUUGGAAUCCUCCUGGCAAAAACAUUGACGCUACAAAUCGUGUACCAUUAAAUGUCCCUUAUUGUUAUUAUCCAAAACAAUGGGACUUAUAUACAUAUAUUAACUAUACUCAAGAUGGUAGCAAUUUCUCCGGCUAUCUCAAACAGAAGAAAACGUCUGCAUAUAAAAACGACAUACCUCUCGUAAAGAUGGAGGCUACAGGCAUAAACAAUUCAAUUUUGCGUGUAAAGAUAUACGAUCCCUUAAAAGCGCGAUACGAACCACCUUGGCCCAUCAGACCAGAUCCAAAGCCUGAUUCAAUCUCAUCCCAGACAAACUUGCAAUAUAAGUUUACCAGCACUUAUGCGAGUUCCGGUUUUAAAGUUGAUAGAGUUUACGAUGACACUACAUUGUUUAAUUCUAUCGGAAUUGGAGGUUUUAUAUUUGCUGAUCAGUUUUUACAAAUCAGCACGUUGAUACCAACGAAUAAUAUUUACGGCAUCGGCGAGCAUCAAUCAAGUUUGAAAUUGAAUACAAAGUGGCAAUCAUUUACUUUAUUCAAUAAAGAUCAACCGCCAAUAGAAAAUGCGAAUUUGUAUGGAUCUCAUCCGUUUUAUAUUGUCAUCGAGAAGUCUGGAAUGGCACAUGGUGUUUUAUUCUUGAAUAGCAAUGCUAUGGAUGUAAUAUUGCAACCUACACCGGCUGUAACAUUUCGAACAAUCGGUGGCAUUUUCGACAUUUAUUUCUUUCUGGGACCAACUCCAGCGGACGUUGUGAAACAAUAUUCUGAAAUCGUGGGCAAACCAUUUAUGCCACCCUAUUGGUCGCUCGGUUUUCAUUUAUGCAGAUUCGGAUAUAGAAGUUUGGAAGGAACCCGAGCAGUGUGGAACAGAACGAGAGCAGCUGGAAUUCCAUUUGAUACUCAAUGGAACGAUUUGGAUUAUAUGGACAAAAACAAUGACUUCACAUAUAAUAAGAAGACCUUCAGAGAUUUGCCAAAGUUUAUAGAAGAAAUUCACUCGGUGGGAAUGCACUACAUCCCGUUAAUCGACGCUGGUAUAUCCGCUUCUGAGAACGACGGCACUUAUUUACCGUACGACGAGGGAAUAAAGCAAGACAUAUUUGUAAAAGACGGUGUCACGCGCAAACCUUUCGUCGGCAAAGUUUGGAAUUUUGUUUCCACAGUAUGGCCCGAUUUCACGAAUCCUAAAACGACGGAUUAUUAUGCGCAAAUGAUGGGCAAUAUGCAUGAUAAUUUUGCGUUUGACGGCGCAUGGAUUGAUAUGAAUGAACCGUCCAACUUCUACAACGGCUAUAAGAACGGCUGUAUGUACAAUCAACUAGAUUAUCCCGAAUACGUGCCCAAUGUCGUCGGCGAUUUGCUCGCGACGAAGACUCUGUGUAUGAAUGCAAAACAUUACUUGGGCUCUCAUUACGAUUUUCACAAUACUUAUGGGACGAGUCAAGCAAUUGCUACGAAUUACGCUCUCAGAAAAAUUAGACAAAAAAGACCAUUUAUAAUAUCACGUUCCACGUGGGUAGGACACGGUCACUACGCGGGUCAUUGGACAGGCGAUGUUUACUCGUUGUGGCACGAUUUAAAGAUGAGCAUUCCAGCUAUUUUGUCGCUCAAUUUCUAUCAAAUCCCAAUGGUGGGCGCUGACAUUUGCGGUUUUAACGGGAACACAACUGUCGCGUUGUGUAAUCGCUGGAUGCAACUUGGCGCGUUCUAUCCGUUUUCUCGUAAUCACAAUUCUGACGAUACAAUCGAGCAGGAUCCAGUUGCAAUGGGCAAUUUGGUUGUGCGAUCUUCUAAGAAUGCUCUCAAAAUACGUUACCGGUUCUUACCCUACUUGUAUACUUUGUUCUUUAGAGCGCACAAAUUUGGCGAAACAGUGGCGCGUCCGUUAUUUUUUGAGUUUUACGAUGACCGGUUUACUUACGACAUCGAUCAACAGUUUCUUUGGGGAAGAUCACUCAUGAUCAAUCCAGUUCUCGAAGAAAACAAAACUGACGUGGUUGUUUACGUACCACAUGGUUUGUGGUACGAUUAUUAUACCGUUCAAUCGUUCUUCUCGCUUGGAGAAUAUUAUAUUUUACCUGCACCGAUCGACACAAUACCACUGUUGAUUCGCGGAGGCUCAAUACUUCCGGCACAGACACCGGGUGUAACUACAACGGAAAGUAGAAAGAAUAAUUUUGAAUUACUAAUAGCGUUGGAUGAAAACGAAAAUGCCAAUGGAGAAUUAUAUUGGGAUGAUGGUGACAGUAUAGACUCUAUAGAAAAGGGAGAAUAUUUGUGGUUGCGGUUUACCGUUAUCAAAUCUGAAUUACUGAGCUUGAAAAUGGACAAUAGUUCUUUUAACGAAAAAGUAAUUCUCGGAAAAGUCGAAAUGUUGGGAUUAAAAGAAAUCACGAAACUCUUCCUAAAUGGCAGUGAGAUAGAAUUUAGUUACAACGCUUUCACAUCGAGUUUGAUCAUCACUGACUUGCACGUAGACAUGAGACAACAGUUCAUGUUUUCUUGGCUGCGUUAGAUUACUUCAAGUAUGUAUUAAACAAUAUUGCAUGAAUCUCGAGAAACAUGACAAAGUUAUCUCAGAAAUGACUAAGUUAAAUCGCAAUUUCAGUAAUAUUACAAACAUAGUGGUAAGUGUGACAUAUUGUAUGGGCCUAAAAAAUUUUCAUUCUACGUAUAAUAUAUAA